UUCCACGAAUUCUCCAAAAUACAAAAUACUAUUUUGCUUGUCGAGGGAAAGAUGAAUUACCUUCGUUCGACCGCGUAUCGCAUGGCAAUAGCGGAAAAUAAGUAAAAAUAUUUGCCAAUGAUGUAUAUUACAAUAUGGUAACAUAGAGUGUCAUGAGAAAAAAUAUAAGAACUAGUUCGCUAACCAACGACCUGCGAAAACAAAGGAAUCCAAGCGACAUUGCAGCAGCGUGUCAGCAUUCAGCUAAAUAAGGGGCGUCGAUUUGCGAAAUAGUUCAUCAGCCCCUAUUUGAAGGCAAUGGUGAAGCAAUCGUCAGACUCAGUCGGCAAUUAGAAGGCUUACAAAAUGGAUUACUUAUUCCAACGCAUGGAGGAACAUGAUUAUACUUUGCUUAGUGAAAUCAAACAACAGUGGGUAGCUUUGGAGCAAAUACAUAAAAAUAUUGCGGCACAAGGCAACCCGUCAAUUUGCAGUGAAGUUGUAACCAUGGGACGAAAUGCCGAAAUGCUAUCUGCUGAAGUAGAGAUGAAAUUGAGCACAUUGAAAGGCAAUGAUAAACCAUUCGUCGAUAUUUUUGACGAAUCAGAAGAUAUAGUACAAAUGAAACAACAAAUUCUUGAAAAUAUGGGCGGAAUAAGGAAGAUCUGUUAUGUGCUACAGUUAUCUGAAAUUGGGAAUGAAUCAGACUAUUACCAGUCAAAGAUUUGUAACUUUCGCGUACAAAAGAGUUUGAAGGUUGUUGUGCUACAUGAACAAAAUAGUAAGCUGCCGCCCCUGAAAAUGGAUGGGGACAAUAUGAUCUAUUAUUUCAAGGAUGUCGUGGAUAACACCAGGUAUAUAUAUAUCGCAGUAUCAUUAAAUUGGAAUUGAGAAAUAACAAUAUUUCUGUCUUCGUAUUAAUCUUUUAGGUGCA